GGAAACUGCCCCCUGUCAGAGGUGUUUCCGGGGCAGAGGCACUGCUCAGACACGAGGUACAGUACACGCCAUCAACUCCACAACACUAAGCCUGCAAUCCCAGGAGCAGGUGCAAGAUCCAUGCUGCUCCCUUGCAAGAGAAUUUCUGGAGAUCUAAAAGGGACAAGCAGCGCACCAGAUGAUGUUAAGAGGAUCAAUCUUCAAAGUAAUCCAUCAGCAAGUAAGACAUCGAGUCACUGAUGCCUCUUCUCUUAUAUUGGAGAGAUCCCUGAACCGGGUUCAGCUGCUCGGCCGAGUUGGGCAGGACCCUGUGAUGCGACAGGUGGAUGGCAAGAAUCCUGUGACAAUUUUCUCUUUGGCGACCAAUGAAAUGUGGCGGUCAGGCGACAGUGAUACAUUUGCAUCAGGUGACAUCAGUCAGAAGACAACGUGGCACCGAGUUUCUAUAUUCCGACCCGGUUUGAGGGACUUGGCUUACCAGUACGUGAAGAAAGGGGCCAGAAUUUAUGUAGAGGGGAAACUAGACUAUGGUGAAUAUGUGGACAAGAGCAAUGUUCGAAGACAAGCAACGACAGUGGUGGCAGAUAAUAUAAUAUUUCUAAGUGACUCAGGCAAGGAUAAAGUCUAGCCAGCGCCUUCCCCAGUCGUGGUUUUUGAUUGUUUUUCUGUAUCUAUGUUUAUGAGUGUGAAUUAGACUCCAGCAAUGGGCCAUAGCAAUGUUACUUUCUGAAUGGAUCAUGUAAUUUUGAUAAUUGUUCAAUGUGCUAAGAUUAAAAUAAAGUAAUGGCUGAUCAUAGUAACCUGUCUGUUGCCUUCAGUCACAUACUGUGGUAAUGAAGGAGCAGUGCUCUGAAAGCUAGUGCUUCCAAUUAAACCUGUUGGACUAUAA